UUUAUUUUUAUCUUUGGAUUUUUCACCACAUGCGCGGUGAGUCAUAAUACGUAUUGUGAAUGUUUUGUUUGCAAAAAAAAAUAUGAAUCAUGUUUAAAACACGACGAAUGCUGUGACCACAGAUGUUUCCAUGGUCCAAUAUGGAAUCGCGGUCUCUGUUUAUGAAAUAGAUAUUUUUUCUUCAGAAAUAUAUCAAAUAUAUAUAAUAAAUUAAAUGUAUGAACUUCUAUAUUCAAAUCAUCACAAAUAAAAUUUUUAAACCUAACUAAAUUUUUUUUUACUUUUUUGAAUUUCCUCCUGCGCGCGCAGAUUAAAUUAUUUUCUGUCCCGCGUGUACCGGUUGCACUUAAUGUUUUUUUACAUAAAUAAUUAACUUUGUUUAUCAAAUGUAAUUAUAAAUAAGUGUUCACAAUAAUUAUUUUGUUGUUAUUAAAUCAUUAAAAUAAAUUAUUUAAAUUGCGCGCAAAAAAUAAUAAAGUCUUGCUAGUGAAAUUAAAUUGAAUUAAAGAAACUAAAGUAAAAAAAAAAACAUAAGCUGGAUGAGUGAUGGACAAAAACUUUCUUGGGCUUACGAGGACGUCAAGUUUUACGGACCUGCCAUCGGAAAACCGUAGAGUAGUUUUUGAACACCUGACAACUGCUGGCGGUCUUGUCAAACAGUACAGUUGCGAGCAGAUUUUUGAUAAAAAUUCAAAUAUCAGGCAAGUCAAAGUCUCGACGGUAAUAACAGCUGACGGCAAACCUCAGAGCCAGGGAAUCUGGCCAUCGAAUUUCCCACGUGUUAAUUCCGCUUCUAAUUUAUGGGUAAAAAACUCUGGAUUAACAAAGUCAUCAUCAGUUAAUAAACUACCGAUGCCAAUUAAAAAUGAACCUUGCGACCUGCGGACACUUAAUUUAAGCGGAUUGAAAAUUUCUGAUGAUUCGCCUGAGCAUAAACGUCAAGAACAAUUAUUUAAGAUUAAAAAACAUCGACGCAGUCAUUCUAGCCAUGAUGAUCGAAGGAAUAGUUCAUCAUCACCGAAAAUUAAACAGGAACCAUUACCAGUACCAAGAUCAGAACCAGGACCAAGACCAGGACUAGAAGAUAAAAUAAAUUUAAAACUGGAAACUUCAAAGACUCAGUCAGAAAAUCUAGACCAACAAAAAAAAAUUCGACCUCUUAUAGCUCAAGAGUUUGUGAACUCAAGUCCAAAGUUAACUAAUCGAUGGUCAAAGUCUUUAUUCUUCAUACUCGUGGUCUUGAGUGCUGUUAUAAUUUCAAGUCUCGUAACAGAGUUCUACGAGCAACCUUUUAAUUUUGCUAAUGCAAGUUUAGAACUUGCUCGAAAGAUCUACGGUCAAGAUGAGGCCAUCGUACAAUUGUCUGAAUAUUUUCAGCUCAGCUCUGGAGACUUCGAUGUCGUCACUCUGGUCGGUGGUACCGGAGUCGGCAAAACUUACACGGGUAAUAUUAUCAAGGAUCAUUUUCCGCAUAGACACAAUAUUUAUGAAUACAUUCCGCCGCUGAGUAACGCCAUCCAGGCGUACAGUAUGUUAUCAGCACUCCACAGUAAUUUAGUUGUCUUGGAAAACUUACGUACUCAAGAUUUGAAAGAUUUAGUGAACUUUGUUGAAUAUUUUCAUAAUCAGAAGGAUCGCCCGCGGGUUAUUAUUCUCGCGAUGAUCAAUCCACAGACUGUUGAUGACAAUCUGCACAAAUCCAUUGACCUGGACCAGAGCAUCAGAAGCAUCGAAGCGGCAUUUUCGAAUGUUAACAUUCCGAUAAAAGCUAUUGCCUUCCGAGACCUAGAGCCGCGAGUUCUCGAAGCCUGCAUCAAAGAAGAAGCGCGUAAUUUAAAUAUCCAGCUGACGGACCACCAGAUUGAAGAAGUCAAAAAAAGUAUCACAAGAUUUCAGAGCGGCUGCAAAGGCGCUUAUGCCAAAGUCCGACUUUUUGUCAAAGCGUAAAAUCAAAGGAAAUUCCUCAAUUUACAUAAAUUGUCAUCUAUAUUGAAUAAUUGUUAUUUUUCUUGACAAUUUACUUGUGAUAUUUAAAUUGCUGUGAAUGCAAUUAAUCUGACUGAGUAAUUAAAGAUAAAUAUUUAAUUUACUAAAUUUGGAUUGAAAUUUUAUUACAAACCCGGCCCGAAUUUUUAUUACUGCGCAUGCGUGAUGUAAAGUGUACAAGUACUUUGUCUUUGGCUUUAUUUAUGCUACUUCAACACUAAUUACUAAAUAUUGAAGUAGAUAAUUGGAUGAUUAUAGCUGUUAGUUUUCGAUUGCACCAACUUCUUUAUCGUGUUUUUAACUUCCUUGGUACUCAAUUUCUUAUUGCGCCACCAAAGAUACUUAAUUAUGGAAAAAAAUAAUUAAAUAGAUUUUGUAAGUUUUCUUUUUCUACCACCCGUCUUACGGCAAUAAAGUAA